CCUCGCCGCCUGCUCUGACUUUACGGAUGUUGUAAUCUGCGCGUGCGCGUUCCGGCACUCCCGUGAGGCACUGCGGCGCGCGCGGUUGGAGGCUGGCAGAGAGCAGUGGCUGCGGCUUCCUGAGGAAAACACAUUAUAGAUUGUAUUUUUUUCCUUCUUCUAUGGACUUAGUGUAAACAUGUUUUUUUCUGUUUGAACUUAGUUUUAAAAAAAUAGAUUCAUAUCAAGUAUUAAAAAACAGGAGUAGUUAAACCAUGAGUUGUGGAAAUGAGUUUGUGGAAACAUUGAAAAAAAUUGGUUAUCCCAAAGCUGAUAUUCUUAAUGGAGAAGAUUUUGACUGGCUCUUUGAGGAUGUUGAAGAUGAGUCAUUCUUGAAAUGGUUUUGUGGAAAUGUGAAUGAACAGAAUGUGUUGUCUGAAAAAGAAUUGGAAGCCUUCAGCGAUCUUCAGCGAUCAGGCAAGCCUAUCCUAGAAGGAACAGCAUUGGAUGAAGUUCUUAGGACCUGUAAAACUUUUGAUUUGAAGACAUGCAAACUGGAUGACAAAGAGAUACAGAUAUUAGAGGAUGAGGUUCAAACUCUGCAGAAAUUAAAUAACUCAAAAAUUCAGCGACGGAAUAAAUACCAGUUAAUGGUUUCUGAAACUAGCUACAGGUUUCUGGCAUUAAAUGCUAAACAAGAGGAAGCCACUAAGAAGCUGAAACAGAAGCAAGGAUUCCUAAAUGCUGUGAAUACUAAGCUCAGUAAUGAACUUCAGGGUCUUACUGAGGAAGUUAAUAAUUUGAUGAUAUUCUUCAGAAAUUCUAAUUUAAGUGAAAGAACAAAUCCAAUGGUGUUUUUAUCUCAGUUUUCCUUGGGAAAAUAUAUAAGCCAAGAAGAGCAGAGCACAGCAGCAUUAACCUUAUAUACAAAAAAGCAAUUCUUUCAGGGCAUACAUGAAGUAGUUGAAAGUUCAAAUGAAGAAAAUUUUCAACUUUUAGAUAUACAAACACCGUCUAUUUGUGAUAAUGAAGAAAUCCUUAGGGAGCGACGACUGGAGAUGGCUAGACUGCAGAUGGCAUGUAUUUGUGUCCAGAAACAGAUCAUAUACUUGAAAACGAGUAAUUCGAGCAUGAAGUCGAGUAUAAAAUGGGCAGAAGAGAAUCUUCAUAGACUAACCAAUGAGGUUAUUGAUAAAGAAAAUUUGGAUGCAGAAAUUUCUAGCUUAAACAGUGAGAUUCUAAAACUUGAAGAACAAAUCACUCAUAUAAAAGACAAAGUUUUGCCUGUUGUGGUAAAAGAGUAUGCUCAGCUAUUGAACAUGCCAGUUGUAAAGGGCGACUUUGAACUGCAGAUUGCUAAACAAGAUUAUUAUACGGCAAGACAAGAGUUAGUGUUAAAUGAGUUGAUAAAGCAGAAGGCAUCGUUUGAGCUUGUCCAGUUAUCAUAUGAGAUUGAGUUGAGAAAACAUUGGGAUACAUAUCGGCAACUAGAGAGUUUGGUUCAACAACUCAGCCAAAGAAACACGGUGCUCUGCCAGCACUUGGCAGUGUUAUCAGAAAUACCAGCAUCUGAGCAGUUAACCUCAAGGACUCCCAUCGAUACCAAAGAUCAUUCCACUCAUAGGCUUUAUCAACUUCUAGAAGGAGACAAUAAGAAAAAAGAAUUGUUUAUAACCCAUGAACACCUGGAGGAAGUGGCUGAGAAAUUGAAACAAGAUGUUUCUGUAAUACAAGAUCAGUUGGCAGUAUCUACUCAAGAGCAUUUUUUCUUUUUGUCCAAACUGAAUAAUGAUGUGGAUAUGCUUUGUGAUGCUUUGUAUCAUGGAGGGAAUCAGCUAUUGCUUUGUGAUCAGGAGUUAAAGGAGCACUUUCAUCAAGUUGAAUCCCAGUUGAAUGAACUACAUCAUCUCCUUACUGAUAUUCUUGCUGAUGUGAAGACGAAAAGAAGAAUUUUGGCAACUAAUAAAUUGCAUCAAGUGGAAAGAUAAUUAUAUGUAUAGUUUUUUAAAGAUGAAGACUGUCUAAAUAAAAGAUGUUGUAGAAAAGACUGAAGACUUCUAAAAA